UGAGACCAGAUCGCCACCGCCGAGCGCCGGCUGGCCCGGGGGUUAGUCACCGAGCCAAGGCGGCCCGGCAGGCAUCCCUCGGCUCCCCUUGACCUGCUGCCGAGCUGCGCGGAGCGCGCGAAGAUGGCGGGGCAGCGGCUAGGCGCGGGGCCGCUCUGGGCGCUGGGCGGCGCCGCCCUGGGGGUUUGCCUCGCGGGGGUCGCCGGGCAGCUGGUGGAGCCCAGCACGGCCCCACCCAAGCCCAAGCCGCCCCCGCUGACCAAGGAGACGGUGGUGUUCUGGGAUAUGCGCCUGUGGCACGUGGUGGGCAUCUUCUCGCUCUUCGUGUUGUCCAUCAUUAUCACUCUUUGCUGUGUCUUCAACUGCCGCGUGCCACGGACCCGGAAGGAGAUUGAAGCCCGGUACCUACAGCGAAAGGCAGCCAAGAUGUACACGGACAAACUAGAGACUGUGCCACCCCUCAACGAGCUCACAGAAGUCCCUGGAGAUGAUAAGAAGAAGAAGAAGAAGAAGGACAGUGUGGAUACAGUGGCCAUCAAGGUAGAGGAGGAUGAGAAGAAUGAGGCCAAGAAGUAGAAAGAAGAGAAAUGAAGAGAGCUUCCUGGAGGUGGAGGCUGGGGCUAGCUGGCCCUGGGGCUCAUAGUCCUGGCCAGAGUCCAGACAUCUUAGACUCCAAGCUCAUACAUGGACCAUAGAGGUUGCAGAACACCCUCUCCCUGCUCAGAGGGGGUUGCUGAGGCCCAGGACCCUGUCCUAGAGCCUACUGGGGCAAGGAUAUGACUUCACUAGGUGUGCUGCCUCCCAGCCUGGACUCCACUCCUGUCACCCCAUCCAAGUGGCCACUCAGCAGAGGUGGUCUUGGGCCACUGUCCCUCUGUAGAUCCAAAGUGGCCUCUACCCACCCAUACAUGCCUCUGUCCCCUCUUCUGCCAGGCACAGCAGUGGCUAAAGGGGUAAUGGGAUGUGGGUUUCCUUCUGGAAGGGGAUGGCUGACCCGGAUGGGCUAGAUGUGAGGCCACACCAGGCUGGCCAUGAGGAGGGAGAGGGUCACUGGGGGAAGCAGGGGCAGCAGAAGGUUCUCGAACUUAGCUGGAUAGCAGCUCUGGUGGUGAGGGGGCUGCCCCAAGCCUGGCAGGGGUUCUGUCCCAGGGCAGUGAGCAGAGGGAGACCAGAAGCAGAACGCCCAGCAUAGCAGAUCCCGAGCUCUAAGCAAUAGGUACACUUGUCUUACACGCUGUGAUGCAGCUGAGGCUGCUGGAGGGCCUAGCAUGAGGCCCAUGGCUCAGGGCUAGGGGCUGCAGGGGUGCAGAAGGCUGAGGCCAGUGGGCCAGAGAGAGAAGGGCCCCAUCCUGGGAAUCCAGGGAAAAUUUGAGAAGCCAAGGGGAACUUCGGGUUUCUCUGCUGGCCCUUUCUAGGCUCAGCUGUGGUAGCAGGUGUCAGCGCCCCAGGAGAUCACCGCAGGGGGCAGUUAGGGAUUGAGGUAGCAACCAGCCUUCCACGUGCUGAAUAUAACAGCACAGAGCUUCCUCUUCCAUUCUUAACAACGGUGCCUAAAAGCACUGCUAGGCGAAGGCUCAAACUUGACCUGGGGACUGAAUCCUUGGGGAGGGGAGAUGCAGAGAAGGGUUUCUAGAUGGCAGCGAACAUCAACUGAGGUACUCAGACCUGGGCCUGGAGACUAAGGAGACACCAGAGAUUUCCGAGCCAGGGGGAGCUGCUGGCAAAGCCGACACUGCCUCUGCAGCCUGCAGAGAUUUGUAAAUAAAGCUGAGUGCCUUCUCAUACCCUAGUGACCUGAGAUGACCCCUCAGGAUGCCCCAUCCCUGGAGCAUUUACGUGGAGGGUGAUGCAGUGAUCGAUGAUAGGUGGUGUAGGCCAGGCUGACGUUCCCUCUCCUGACUUUUCUCCCAGCCUGAAUUCAGAUGAGCUGGAGGGAGAGGUGGUGGCCAAGAGGCAGAGGGUCAGCUACAGCCAGUGGGGCCUAGCCCUGAGGCAGGGCAGCAGGACCAGGGAGGAAGCUGCCUGCUCUCCACUUGCCUCUGCUCCACACCCUGGGUUUCAAUAAGUGGGUGCUUGGGACACAGAGGAGUCAAACCUGGAUUCUGAUCUGGACCUGGACCAUUAUUACACAAGAAGAGGGAACCAGGCUGGCAUGGGGGAAGGAGCAUGGGGUCUUACAGCCAUGAGGGAGCAGAGAGAUUACAGAAGGCCCUGCUGUGGAAGCUGAGUACUCACUGCGCCACCAAGUGGGAACCCUGACUCUGCCCUUGGGCUCCAGCCUAUGGGCUUCUCAUACAUAUGGCUGUGGCAAAGAUCAUUCUACUCAUACAAGCCAGAGCCCUCCUGUUGGCUGGGCAGCAGAAGCCCAGAGGAGCAGGAGCCACUAUAAGUCAGAGAAGCAGCUGGUAAUGCCUGGGGUAAGUCCAGGCCCGGGUUACAUCUGCCCUGCCAGCUGCCUCCCUGACCUCUGACCUGGGCCUCCACUAGCCCUUUAUGGACAGGCAUGUCUGAUGAUGGUGGGGAUAAUAUCUGAUCCCAGUGGGCAUCUGCCCCAGUCUCCAGACAGGGGACAGGGCUGGAAGGUCAAAGUCCACUACAGUGCUUCAGGGCAAAAACAGGGUAUGUUCUAGCCACCAGCCAGAAGAUGGGCCAAAGUCAAGGAGAACACACUUACCUCCCCAGCCCAGACAGAGCUGCACCCUUAUUCCCAGCCUCACAUUGUGUCCUGGCAGCUCCAGCUUCAGCCUGACUCUCCAUCAUCUGACCCCAGUAUCUAGGCCCUCCAUCAUCGGACCCCAAUAUCAUCCCUACACACUCCCUCCACCUUCUGUGGUAGCCACCCUGAACCUUUGGAUGGAGGCGGAUCCUGGGGCUCUGUACUUUUCAGGAUAAACUGCC